ACUACAAGAAACAACAACAACAUCUACAAAACGCAGAACAUAUUGACAGCAAAAACUACAAAGAAAAUUACAAAUAUUUUUUUCUGGCAAAAUUCCGUCCACUUAUUGAAAUUUAAUAGCUAAACUAAACAAGACAAACGAACAAAACUAAUGUUGGGGUCACUGCGUUAAAAAGACAAAAGAAAUCCUUUUUUUUAGAAACAUUAAACUCAACAAUAGAAAAAAUGGAACUUUAGCUAAACUCAAAAAAUCUAAAAAAAAUUUUAUAAAAGACAGACAAAAAAACCCUUAAUGGCCUAGUUUGCAUACUCAAAAAGGAAAACUAUUAAUAAUUUAAACAAUAUAAAAAAUAACAAACUAAAAGGAUUGCAUUAAUUCCCUAUUAAAAAUAAUAAACAAAUAGAAAUUUUUCAAAGAAAACACACAAAUUGUCUUCAUAUAACAAAACGAUAUCAAAACAAAACAUAACUGAUUUCCCUUAAAAUUCAAACAAAAAACAAACACUACGACGCAAAUGACUGAAUCAACACAAUUACAAACAGCAGAGAAUAAUAACGCAGGGGUUGUUAAAAUGGAACCAUUACCGCCUGCCGCCACCACAGCCUCAACAGCCAAUACAAAUUUGGCCACUUCGCCAGCACCAUCAUCCGUUAUGGAACAACAGACACAACAACAGCAAACGGCUGCUAUAAUAAGUGCAACAUUACAACAGCAGCAGUUGCAACAGCAGCAACAACAACAACAACAAUAUGCUUUAAAAUGGAAUGAUUAUCAAACCUCUAUGUUGAGUUCAUUUCGUCAUUUGAGAGAUGAAGAAGAUUUUGUCGAUGUUACUUUGGCCUGUGAUGAACGUUCCUUUACCGCUCACAAGGUCGUACUGAGCGCUUGUAGUCCUUACUUUCGUAAAUUGUUAAAGGCAAAUCCAUGCGAACAUCCCAUUGUUAUAUUGAGAGAUGUGCCGGCCGAUGAUGUGGAGAAUUUAUUGAGCUUUAUGUACAACGGCGAAGUCAAUGUGGGUCAUGAACAUUUGCCGGAAUUCCUAAAAACCGCCCAUUUACUACAAAUACGAGGUCUAGCCGAUGUCAACAAUGGCUCUUCGGCCUCCUUCACACCUACACUCGCUUCCUCAACGCCCUCCAAUAAAUUGAAUAAUACAGCGCUAAACAGUCAACUAUCGGGCAGUACGAACAAAUUGAAUUUCUUGACAGCUGCUACCCAAGCUUUAAGCAAUUCCUCCAACUCACCAUUCACAACACCAUCUCUAGGAUCGACUACACCUUUAAAUAAUUUAUUAAAUAAUAGCAGCAGCAAUCUAAAUAAUAAUAGCAGCAAUAAUAAUAACAACAGCAACAGUAACAAUAAUAACAGCAGUAGCAACAACAAUAAUAAUAACAAAAAUAACAAUUCGAAUAGUGGAAAUACCCCUGCCAUACAGGAAUUGAAGGCCUCGUCAGCGUCUCCCGCUAAUCAUUGGGACUUAUCGGAUUCGGAUAGCAAUCGUAAUAAUCAUUUGACGCCUCCUCCUCAGAAAAGAAUAAAAAGUGCUGAUUUGUUUCGUGCCCAACAUGGUAUCAGUCCCGAACGUUUGCUAAUCGAUCGUGAAUUCCCAGUAGCUGGUCAACAUCCUUUAACACGUAAUCGUGAUCGUAGCCGUGAAACCUCACGUGAUCGGGAUCGCGAAAUGCGUGAAUCUUUGUUGGGCCAGGCUUUGGAAAAUACAAAUGGUUUGCAGAAACAACAUCCCGAUAUGGCCUCUCUACAUGCCCAAAGCGCUGGUGAAGACUCAAAUAGUUCCGAUACUGAACCCUCUGAUCGCGGUGAUGCCCAACAUGAUGGCACUAUGGACUCUAUGGACAAUCAACGUUCUCAUUCCUUCCCCAAUGCCUUUUUAGGUUUACAAGGUAUACCCGGCCUAUUGCCAGGUCCUUCCGGUAUGGCUGCUAAUGAUUUCGUUACACGUCGCUCUUUGGAAAUGCGUGUACGUGCCACCGAUCCCCGUCCUUGCCCUAAAUGUGGCAAAAUCUAUCGUUCAGCCCAUACUUUGCGUACUCAUUUGGAAGAUAAACAUACUGUCUGUCCCGGUUAUCGUUGCGUUUUGUGCGGUACUGUAGCCAAAUCCCGCAAUUCCUUACACUCUCAUAUGUCUCGUCAACAUCGUGGUAUUUCCACCAAAGAUUUACCCGUUUUACCCAUGCCCAGCGCUUUUGAUCCCGAAUUAGCUUCACGUCUUUUGGCCAAGGCUGGUGUUAAAAUUUCAGCUGCUGAAUUGAGAGCUCGGGCCUCUCCCACCAAUAGUACGGGUGCUAAUGGUCAGAAACUUGAUAUUAAUAUGGGUGUAGGCAUGAAAGAUGAAAUGGAUGAUUCCGAUGAUGAUCCCGAAGAUUUGACUACUGGUGCUGGUUUUGGUGGCAGUACGAACAGUAAUGAUUUGAGCCGUUAUCAUGAGAGUUUGUUGAGUAAUUUUGGUCAUGCUAAUACAACCAUAUCGCGUAUACGUAAUGAGGCUGCAGCGGCUGCAGCAGCAGCUGCUUUGGGCCAACAGAAGGAUUUGGCUGGAGGACAAAUACCCACUAGUAAUGCUGCUGGUCAAUCGCUAUUGGAUACAUAUUUGCAGUUUAUAACAGAGAAUACAUUUGGCAUGGGUAUGUCGCAAGAACAUGCUGCCGCCGCUGCUUUACAUGCCGCCAAAAUGGCCCAACUAAAUGCCAUGGGUCAUAGUUUAGAUAAAAUACCACCCGGUCUAAUACCACCCCAAUUCGAUUUGAGUAAAUUGGCAGGCACUGCCGCUGGUACAGCGUUUUCAACAGCAGCAGCUAAUAAUUCAGGACUUACUAUUGAACCCAUUAUGAGACGUGAACAGGCUAGUACACCCAAUAAUGAGAAUACUACCUCAACCAAUAAUAAUACACCUGCCACACAUAAUAAUGACUUAAGAAGAGAUCCCUCAGAACCUAUGGAUUUGGGUUUAGAUGGUAAUAAUCAAUCGGGUUCACAUCAUGAACAACAGGGUUCGGAUAAUGAGGAUAAUUAUUCCGAAGAUGAAGGAGUGCAUAAUACAUAAAUUUUUUUUGGUGGAAAAAAUUUUAAUAAAAAUUAAAUUUUUUUAGUUAAAAACAUAUAUUUAUAUGGAGAUAUAUAUACAUAUAUAUAAUAAUUAGUUUAAUAUAUGGUAGAGUUAAAAAAAGAAAUUAGUAAUGCAAUCAAUAUAAUGCAAAGAAUGGGUAUUGAAUUGUUUAUUUUAAAAGUUAGUUUAAAAAAAAUUAUUUCAAAAAAAUUAAGAAAUUUGAAUUCAAAAUUGAAACUAAAGAAGCCUUAAAAAUGUAUACCAGUUUAUUGAAAAAAGAAUUUUAUUAAGGAAAAUUUAUAACAGGGAAAUCGCUAAUGUAUACGAUUUACCUUGAAAUUAAAAAAAAAAAAUCUUGAAAAAAUUAAUUUAAAUUUUUUGAAAAAGAAAAGAAAAUAUUUUUAAGAUAAAUUUAAAGAAAAAGCUAUUAAAUAUUGUAUAUAUGGAAAAAUAAAAUAAGUAUUUGAAAAUGCAAUAUU